CGAGAGCGAAAAUGCGCAAAGAGCGCCGCGACCAGACGCAGCAUCUCGACACCAGGUCCCGAAAAAAACCUCACUUGCCAGCCACAUCCACGAAAGCACAACGGGGGUGAUUAUUCGAAUUAGAAUUAGAUCGGGGAGACCGAUUGGGGGGCAGCCAAUCGUCGUGUGCGUGACGUGGAGCGCGCUGGUGUUGCGUAUCCUGUUGAUUGUGACCGAAGACGGGGAAAAAGGCUCAGACAGACAGUCGAAGCUCCAACGACAAGAACCCACACUUGAUGGCCCCACUUCAGGCUUUUGUUUUUACAUAGAAUCUAUUUUUUUCUGCUUUUAGAACCCCCCCGUUCUUUUUUAUUUGAGCGCCAUUUACUGCGCGUCGUGAUUUUUCUCACGCUCGUGCCCAUGCAAAUGAACAGCAUCGAUAGUGGGAGCGUGUGCUUUUAUCCACGUGCAUUGAUGUAGCACGCAACGAGGACGAGAUAAGAGCCCUUAUCUCAGCACGUGGAAGCCCGUGGAAGGAUUUGAUUGAUGACAAAGCAGCCAUCAAUAAGGAUUCUUGUCUAAAUCGGGAAUUACGCAUCCAAACUGGGAUCUAUGAGCGGAAAAGUGGCGAAGCCUAAAGAAGACAAGGAUGCUUCCAAGGUCCAGGAUGAUGCCGCCCCAGGUACCCAGGAGUACAUUAUGUUACGGCAGGACUCCAUCCACUCUGCGGAUAUAAGGAGUAAAGGGUCCCCGUUUCGUGCUAAGUGUCACGAAAUCUUCUGCUGCCCGCUGAAGCAAGCCGUCCACAAAGAGAACGCUGAGCCCGAAGAGCCCCAGCUGAAGGGGAUCGUGACCAAGCUGUACAGUCGACAAGGUUUCCACCUGCAGCUGCAGGCAGACGGAACCAUUGAUGGAACCAAGGAGGAAGACAACGGCUACACCGUGUUCAACCUUAUUCCGGUGGGUCUGCGAGUGGUGGCCAUCCAGGGGGUGCAGACCAAACUCUACCUGGCUAUGAACAGUGAGGGCUACCUUUACACGUCGGAACACUUCACGCCGGAAUGCAAAUUCAAGGAGUCUGUGUUUGAGAACUACUAUGUGACGUACUCCUCCAUGAUCUACCGCCAGCAGCAGUCAGGCAGGGGCUGGUACCUUGGUCUGAACAAGGAGGGAGAAAUCAUGAAGGGCAAUCACGUCAAGAAGAACAAGCCGGCGGCCCACUUCCUUCCAAAACCUCUAAAAGUGGCGAUGUACCGAGAGCCGUCCCUCCACGACCUAACGGAAUUCUCCCGCUCCGGUAGCGGCACGCCCACCAAGAGUCGGAGUGCCUCGGCCAUGCUGAACGGCGGCAAAGCUGUGAGCCAGAACGAGUCGACGUAGCGCCGCCCGCCGGACUCCACCUUGAAACCUUACCUCCAGCAGAGCGUGAAUCCAAGCAGACCCUCUCUCUUGUAUAAGCGGUUCAGCACUCGCUGCCACAUACCACACAUUAACAGCUAGAAAACAUCAAUAACUAUAAUUACAAAAAGGCACACGCACACUUAGAAGCAUUUAUCACGGUUUCCAACACAAGCGCAUUAAUAGCAAGACGCCAUGGCACAUUACCCAUUCUGAACACAAAUCCAGUCACUUUGGGGCUAAUUUAUGAUCUAUUUACUCACCACUUAGCUCAUCUAUUUGUUCUUAUUACAUCGCACGUAACAACAUCUCGGAGCUCACCUCGCUCGGCUGCAGGCACUUGUGCGUCCGUCAGACAGGGACCGGCGGUGAGCGGCCAUUCGGGGCAACCGGGCGCGGGUCUCGGAGGCUGCGGGCGUACAGUACAAGCCCCGAUCGGUGUCCCAUCCAUGCUUCUGUGAAUACAAAGCCUAUAAACCUGGCCCGACCCGGUUCUGCCGGUGACCCGAGGCUUCGGCCAGACAGUAGCUCUCCUUGCGUCUUCGUGCACAUGCUCAGAGAGCGAGCUCUCUAGCAUGGGGAAGCCCAGCCUACGCUCGGCUGACCUGACACGCCAGGUCCUGGCGUGGAGACGCCGCAGUUGCCCUUCUCUCUGCUAAUCCCACAACUAGCCAAGAACGUUUCAUUGAUUUGUCCCCUCUUGUUGUCCCACCCUCGCCGUUGUUCAGUAUUUUUGGUCACACCGUUGAAAGGAUUCCGGCAAACCAAAGACUGAGCGAAAGAGUGUCCCUUUAAGCCGACAAAGCCAGUACGAAGGCAAAACUGGACUUUUUUGUUUAGUUUUUUGUUUUUCACCCCAAUGUACAUUUUUGGGGGGACUAGUGCAAACAUGGCAAAAGGAAAUGAUGAUGUCAGUCACACUGGAGUGUUUGAUUUUUUUAUGAGAGGAUCCGCUCUACGAUCGAGGUACAAAAUGAGUAUUAUGUGCCCCCCCUCCUCCAUCCCAGGCCCCGUUUCUCUUCUUGUUCUGUCACAAAGUCUGUCUCUCGUCCUCGUGGUUUGUUUCCUCCGUGCUCGUGUCAUAACUCCUCGUCAUCCUUUUUGCUCAACGUCUUCUGGCUUGACCAUUGAAAUAUGGCUCCCCAGAAUGCUCGUUCUAUGUUUGAGUAACUUGUUGUGGUGAUGAUAUUUUCUAUAAUUAAAAAAAAAAAAUACUGUGGACUUUUAGGUGGCUUAACAUUUUAUAGGGAUGUCAUAUUUGUAAAAGUAUGAAAAGAAGAUGGGUGGGAUGGGCUUCUUAAAUUGACUUCUUCCCUCUCUUGCACAGGGCAUGUACAAACUUAAUGAUGUACAAAAAAAGGACCUUUUUGUGUCCGUCGAAGCUACGUAUGACUUCUUUCUGAUCCAUGCUUUUUGCAGGACUUCCUGUUCUCGGUUCCCUCCGGGUGGUUUGUUUUGGGUGAAUCUAUCUGUUGCAUGGGAGAACGCAGGGGACAUCUGGUCUAGAGCUGCAUGAUGUAGGCUAAAUGUAAUUAACCCAUGUUGGAUCAUUUGUUCCAAGCUACCAGGAUAAACUUAAACAACAUUAUGCAGGCAGACAUCCAUGCUGCCUGAUGACUUCCAGUUGUUUAUUAUUUGUUGUAUACACAAAAAAUGCACUAAAUUAAAGGUUUAUAUUAAGAUAUACUUUUAAAA